AUGCCUGGAAUUGAUCCCAAUGUCGCGUGUCACCACCUAAACGUUGACCCUAACCACCCACCACACCAGCAGAGGCAAAGGAGGUUCGUGCCAGAGAGAAAUCAUAUCAUUAGUGACGAAGUGGAUAGACUUCUGGAGGUUGGGCUCAUCUGCGACGUGUGGUACCCGACAUGGAUCUCUAAUGUGGUGGUUGUGGCUAAGAGGAAAGGAAAUGGCGAGUUUGUGUCGAUUACAUCAAUUUAA